CCUGGCAGACACUCUCAGAGGCUGGUGCCAGAACCACAUCAGUCCCAGAGGAAUCCUGUUUGGUGCAGUCAGCAGGCAGCCUGUGCCCAGCAUGCAGGAAUGCUGUCCUUACUGCUUGCCUGCUGCGAAUCUCUUGCCCUCCAAGGCAGAGCUCUGGGCCACCACCCUUCAGCCCAUGGUGUCUACUCAUCAGGUGUAGAGCAAGCUGCCUCAUCACCUGGGCAGAGGCAGGGAAGGACAGGGUGGAAGUGGGCCAGACACAGGGCUGUCCUGGAGCCAGCACCUCUUGUGCAAGUUCAGGGAGUGGACAGGAAAAGAGGUGGACUUGGUACCAGGAAACCACAAACAGAUUCCCAGGAUGAAGAGAGCUUCCAGGUCCUGGUGGGGACAGAAGGGGAGAGCUUCCCGCUGAUGGAGAUUGGAACUUGUGAGGCAGAGCCCUCUGAGCAGUGGGACUUCAUUCUUGUGGCCAAGUACCACACAGAGUUGAGAUUCAAGCAGGUUGAGCGCCAGAAGCAGUUCCUGGAGGAGCUCAAGAGCAAAGGCUUCCAUGUCAAGGUGAGAGAGGACCAGAAACGUGUGUUCUUUGGGAUCCGAGCUGACAACAGGAUCUUUGACUUGUACCGCACCCUCCUCAUGGAGCCAGAGGUUCCUGCCUCGGGCGUGGAGCCAGCAACACCAACUACCACGAGAAUCCGAAUUGUGAACUUCAUCCUAAACAGCAAGACAGCAUCCGGUGACACCUUCGAGGACUUGGUGAAAGAUGGGGUCUUUGAGGACAAGUUCCCCCUACACAGGGGAGAGGAAGACCUGAAGAUGAAGUGGGCCCAGUGGAGAAACAUGUUCCAGGAGCAGCCAAUUGAUGCUAUCAGGGAAUACUUUGGUGAGAAGGUGGCGCUGUACUUUGCCUGGCUCGGCUGGUAUACCUACAUGCUGGUGCCUGCUGCUGUGGUGGGCCUCAUCGUCUUCUUGAGCGGGUUUGCCCUGUUCAACUCCAGCCAGAUCAGCAAGGAGAUCUGUGAGGCCCACGACAUCUUCUUGUGUCCUAUUGGCGACAGCGACAAAUACCAACCGCUCUCAGUUACCUGCGUUUUUGCCAAGCUCACUCACUUCUUUGACAACGAGGGCACUGUGCUGUUUGCCAUCUUCAUGGCUCUGUGGGCCACUGUGUUUCUGGAGAUCUGGAAGCGGCAGCGAGCCCGAGUUGUCCUGCACUGGGACCUGUAUGGGUGGGACGAGGACCAGGAGGAAAUGGCACUCGAGCUCAUUAAUUGCCCCGACUACAAGCUCCGGCGGCACCAGCACUCCUACCUGCGCAGCACCAUUAUCCUGGUUCUGUCUCUGCUCAUGAUCUGCUUCAUGAUUGGCAUGGCACACAUGCUGGUGGUGUACCGAGUACUGGCUGCUGCCCUCUUUAGCAACUUGGCCUGGCCCUUCCUGGGGGUGACCACAGCCAUGGUGGCGAUUGGGGCCGUGGUGCAUUAUGUGACCAUCAUCAUCAUGACCAAGGUCAAUAAGUAUGUGGCCCUGAAGCUUUGUGAUUUUGAGAAGCCCAGGACCUUCUCGGAGCGUGAAAGCAAGUUCACAGUCAAGUUCUUCACGCUGCAGUUCUUCGCCCACUUCUCUUCCCUCAUCUACAUCGCCUUUAUCUUGGGCAGGAUCAAUGGUCACCCUGGGAAGUCCACGCGCCUAGCCGGGCUGUGGAAGCUGGAGGAGUGCCACCUCAGCGGCUGCAUGAUGGACCUGUUUGUGCAGAUGGCUAUCAUCAUGGGCCUGAAGCAAACGCUCAGCAAUUGUGUGGAGUACCUGCGCCCGUGGUUUGCCUAUAAGCAGAAAAUGCUGUGGGCCUGCUGGGCCGGCGACCUCGAGCUCCAGGACUGGCAGCGAAACUAUUGUCUGAACCCAGUAACCAGCUUCACCCUGUUCGACGAGUUCAUGGAGAUGAUGAUCCAGUAUGGCUUCACUACCAUCUUUGUGGCUGCCUUUCCCCUGGCCCCGCUGCUCGCGUUCUUCAGCAACGUGGUGGAAAUCCGCCUGGAUGCCAUCAAGAUGGUGCAGUUGCAGCGGCGGCUGGUGCCUCGCAAGGCCAAAGACAUCGGCACAUGGUUGCAGGUACUGGAGAUCAUCGGCGUGCUGGCGGUCAUUGCAAAUGGGAUGGUUAUUGCCUUCACAUCUGAGUUCAUCCCCCGAAUGAUUUACAAGUACCGUGACAGCCCAUGCCGAAGGGAACCCCCUCAAAAAGUCGACUGCCUCACUGGCUAUGUCAACCAUAGCCUCUCAGUCUUCUUCACAAAGGAUUUCCAGGACCCCAAGAAAAUGCAGGCCUCAGGAAACUUGACAGAAUGCAGGUACCGAGACUACCGAAAUCGUGACCCUAAUGACAAGUACAACUUUACUGAGCAGUUCUGGCUCCUCCUGGCCAUCCGUCUGGCUUUUGUCAUCCUCUUCGAGCACGUUGCUUUAUGCAUCAAGGUCAUUGCUGCAUGGUUUGUUCCUGAUGUCCCCCAGUUGGUGAAAAAUAAGGUUCUGGAGGAGAAGUAUGAUGUGCUGCAGGAAAAGCUAAGGUCCAGCUCCAAGAGCACAGAUGUGUAGGUGGCCAGAAGCAGGCAGAGAAGCACUGGACACCAGGAGCCACCACCACCUGCACAUCCAGUCUUGUUUGUGGCUGUGUGUGCACACAUAUGGAGCAGGGGCCUAAAAGAAGGCUUGUGUUUGUAUGGGCUCCUGGGAGGCUCUUGGAUAUGAGAGUGGUGCUGUCCCUGGAAGGGUCUAUGUACAUGCAGAUGCAAAUGGAGGUGUCCUGGGAGGUCCUUGUCUAUCAUGGGGGUCAUAGGAGUUCUAGGUGUAUGUGGUGCAUCUGUGAGCAGCACCUAUAUGCCUGUGGGCCUGUGCCAUCUCACUUAGGACUCAGCCAUGGUACAGCACCCCGACUUUACCUCUCGAUCACUUUGAUACCCACAGAUUUGGGGGGGGUUACUCAUGCAAUCUCAGGCAGCAAAGUUGGCCCAAGUUUUCCAGGUCUCCUGGACUUUUCACCCCACUCUUGACUCUAUCCCAUCUUGCUGGUGCCACCUACUUCAAGCUCAGCAUUUCAGCUGUCCCCGGAAGGGCCUAGAUCCCCCAACCAAGCAGAACUUUCUGUAAUAAAGUUAAACCUGUUUGCCUUGA